UGGUCAAUGCGUGGGCAAAACAACUGGUUUUGCUAGGAUCUGCAAUGCAAUAUGUUGCGAGCUAGUACCUUCAUUCACCGUCGACGAACUGCACCGACACUAUGCAGUGUGCUGUUGAAAAAGUGUAGGUAUAACACUAGAACGGCCAGCGGUACCGGUGAGGAGAGAAGGGCGUUGAGUAAGGAGACGGCGAGUGUAAUAGUGAUAGGUGGCGGCGCUGUAGGAACGAGCUUGGCGUAUCAUUUGUCGAAAGCAGGUUUACCCGACGUUCUGUUGCUAGAAAAGACUGAACUGACUGCAGGAUCAACAUGGCAUGCUGCUGGUUUGACUACAUACUUUCAUGCUGGAGUCAACAUGAAGAAAUUCCACUAUGACAGUAUCGAACUAUAUGCUCAGCUGGAGAAGGAAACUGGCCAGGAUGUUGGCUUUCACCGUCCUGGAACUAUUCGCCUUGCUACUACAGAAGACAGGAUGGAUGAAUUUCGAUAUCAGAUGCAAAGGAACAACUGGCAUCAGAACCCUCAGUCGCUUGUCACGCCACAGCAAAUUUCUGAGCUCUGUCCUAUUGUCAAUAUAGAUGGCGUAAUUGGAGGCUUGUACAGCCCCAGGGAUGGCCACGUUGACCCAUAUUCUCUUACUCAUGCUUUUGCUAUUGGUGCACGGAAGUAUGGAGCUAGAAUUCUGACCGAUUGUGCAGUGGUUGGCAUCAAGAAGUUGGAUACCGGAGAAUGGCAAGUUGAUACAAGUUCUGGGUCAUUGAGAAGCAAGCAUGUUGUCAAUGCUGCUGGGUUUUGGGCACAAGAAGUUGGUCAAAUGGUUGGCAUCGAGUUGCCAUUGAUAGCAGUCCAUCAUCAAUAUUUGGUUACCAAUCCCGUGCCUGAAGUAAUUGCGUUGAAAAACGAAUUUCCUGUAUUGAGAGACCUUGAUGGGUCUUAUUAUCUUCGCCAAGAACGAACGGGGUUGCUAGUUGGGCCUUACGAAGCUCCAGACAAGAUGCGUUUGCAGGAAGAGUGGGUGUCUUCGGGGGUACCACCCGGGUUUGGCAAAGAAUUGUUUGACAGCGAUUUAGACAGAAUUUCUGAUUGUCUAGCAUUGGCAGCAAAUCGUGUUCCUUCAUUUGCUGAUGCUGGCAUAUCUCAAGUUAUCUGUGGUCCCAUCACAUACUCUCCUGAUAGCCUUCCAAUUAUUGGGCCUUGUCAAGGUCUACCCAACUUCUGGCUAAGUUGUGGCUACGCAUAUGGCAUUGUCCAUGCUGGUGGUGCUGGUUGGUAUCUAGCCAGGUGGAUAUUGAAUGGUGAGCCACCCUUUCAGCUACUUGAAGCCGAUCCUGCCCGAUUUGGCCCAUGGACAAGCAGAAGUUACACUGCAGCUAAAGCACGAGAAUCGUAUGGCUUGAAUAACAUUGUUGUUUAUCCAAAAGAAGAAAGAGAAGCAGGAAGACCUGUUCGUGUUAGUGGAGCAUAUGAGGUCAUGAAGGAACGUGGAGCUGAGUUUGGGUUUCACUCAGGUUGGGAGCAACCAAACUGGUUUGCUUUGCCUGGAGACAAGAGAGGCUACAUUCCCAGCUUCAGGAGAACAAAUUGGUUUGGACCUGUUCAGCGUGAAUCAGAGCUUGUUCGAAAGAGAGUCGGCAUUAUUGAUUUAUCUCCAUUUGGCAAGAUGGAAGUGAAAGGUCAAGGCUCGGCUGGCUUUAUAGAUUUGUUGUUUGCCAACAGUGUACCAAAGGUUGGCAGAACUAAUAUUAGUCACAUGCUCACUCCUUCUGGAAAAACAUACUCAGAGAUGACGGUAUCAUGCCUUGCUGAUGAUCACUUUUACUUGGUAACAGGAUCAGGAUCGGAACGAUUUGAUCAAAGAUGGUUAGAGCAGCAUCUACUAUCAACUACAGACGUGACUGUUGUGAACGUGACUGAUGAGUAUGGCUGCCUUGGCAUUGCAGGACCUCACUCUCGAGAUGUCAUGGCAUCGUUGACCUCUACACCAGUGGGAAACAAAGACUUUCCGUUUUUGUCUUUUCAAAAUUUGUCAUUAAAAGGAAUUCCGGUGUUAGCAGUUCGUGUGUCUUACACAGGUGAAUUAGGUUGGGAACUACAUCACAAGUCUCAGUACACUUAUGACUUAUACAAGUUACUGCUGGAGGCUGGGAAGCCGUUUGGAAUUGGUGACUUUGGAACUUAUGCAAUGAGCUCCCUGAGACUUGAAAAGGGGUUUCGAGCAUGGGGAGCAGACAUGAGUUUGGAUUCAAGUCCUCUUGAGGCAAAGUUGAACCCAUUCAUCAAAUUAAAAAAGAGUGCCGAUUUCAUUGGUAAAAAGGCCCUUCUCCAGCAGAAAGAAGUUGGACUUUCUCAAGAGCUUACCUACUUGACAGUUGAUGCAACUGAUGUUGAUCCUGAAGGAAAUGAAACUAUUUGGCUAAAUGACAAGGUGGUUGGCUACACAACAUCAGGCGGCUUUGGCUACGAAAUUGGCAAAAGCAUUGCAUUUGGCUACGUCCCAUGUGAGCUGGCAACACUUGGAACUCAAGUGCAAGUUGAAUUACUAGGUGAAAAGAGAAAUGCCAAAGUUGUUCAGUGUCCAGUGGUGCAGCCAGAACAUAUUAGAAAGAAAUAAUGUCACAAACAGCUCUAUUGGUUGUCAUUUGUAAGUGGACACAUUUCUUGAGAACAUUACACCUUUUGGAACGCCAACUGGUAUAUUAUUCAUGUGUUUGUCAUCAGUUUGUUUAAUUCCAACAACAACAACAACAACAACA